AUGAACUCUAAGAAACGAGGAAAGGUGAAAAGAUGUGAUACUAGUGGUGGAGAGUCGCAACCGUCACCCUUUGAAUUGGAAGUCUGCAAGUAUUUGUACAGGAACUUGCCUUCAAGCGAGGGUCGCCUCGGUGGAUGCUGCGUUAACUACUUUUAUGCCAGUAACGCAGUGGAAUGCCUUUUACAGUCAAAGUGGGCUGAUCCUCUAGCAAAGGUGAAGCAUCCUGGCUCUGUACAAUUUUCCAACUCGGACGUUGUUGUUCGGUUCAUGGGAAAACUUUUGGAAAAGAAGUUGAUUGGAAGGUAUGGGGCUUGA